UCUACAACGUUCACAACGGUCUCUAACAAUUCCAAAAUUUGUAGCUUUUAAAUUUAUACAUUUCUUACAUCUGCCGGUUUUUGCUUUUACUAUUGCUUUGCGGUUUACUUUAUCACAGGUCACACAAAGCCCCGUACAAUCAUUAAUAAAUGGUUUGUUCGUCAUGUAAUAACAAUUAUGGCACGUAAUUAAAUCCCGCGCACUAAAGGGAAGCGCUUUUACUUUCACUUUUGUGUCCCAUUCUUUCGGAAAUGGCAUUUUAAUACUUGUGUACUAGUUGAGAUGUUUAAAAAGAAAUGAACUCCUCAUGCUUCCAAAAGUCUUUAUAUAGGUAUAUAGGAGUGACCUUUAUUUGACUUUUCAAAAAAUAUAAUUCCGUUCGAUAUGAGAAAUAUCAUAACAUAAACUGUGACGUCACACCAAAAACGCUAUAUAAGCCAGGAGGAGUCAUAUUGAAAACUAGUUGUAGUUUACAGCUUUCAGAAGACAGUCGUGUGUUCACAAAUUUCAAUAAUGGCUCGACUUGGAUUUGUCAAUUGGGAUCUGUUGAGAAAACUAGCUGCUAUGGAGCAGGAGGAAGCCUGGGGAAUCCAACGUGAGGAUGAUGUUUCGGAUAAUGAAAGCGAGGUCGACGAGCUUGUUGAAAGUGAUGCGGAAGGAGAGGAAUAUGAUAUUGAUGGGGUGAAUGAAGAAGAAGAAGAAGAGGAAUAUGAUGAAGGUCAGGCGGAUGAAUGCGGCAAUGGAGAAGCGGAUGCUGAACCGGCAGAUGACGUGGAAGAGGUACCCGACUAUGUUGAUGAGGGCGUUGUCGAAGACUGCUCCGACGAACACGGUGCUAUCCUGAUGAGAUCCCAUGAAGUAGUAAAUGGUGAUGUAGCGGAUAAAGGACAACUUUAUUGCUACACGUAUAGUAUGGUGCUCGUCAGCACAGACCCGAAAGGCGACUACGAACUGUGUCAUAGGUGUUAUAUGGAGUUGGUUCGCCUUUCUGAUGUUGAGGAAUAUGAGCACAGGCAUUAUGAUUCGCACACCACAGGGACAUAUGAAGAAUGUUCCUUUUAUUGUUCCUCGUGUCGGUUGCCUCUGGAACAAGUGCGGUUAACCAGGACAUGCGUCAUCUGCAAUAAUACUCGACCGCAAAAAGACAGUGUCAGCGAUUAGUAU